AUGCCUCAUGUGCCUCAUGCCCUGCGAUCUACUAUCAAGCCCUCCCGUGCCAACCUCAUCCACGACCUCAAAGACAAUGUGUCCCCCGACGCACUCAAAACGCUCAACCCCGAGGCCGCAAAAUCCCAGCAACCCUCACUACCGACUGAAUCCGGCUCCACCGGAUCAAAGCUAGAAAGCUACCCCUGCAUCACGCAAAAGCCCCCACCCGCAGCCUUCGCAAACAACACCAGCAUCGCCUCCCUCCAAGUCGGGCUCGGCGACAAAAUCCCCCGCUGGAAAGCAAACACAACCGUGAACUUCGCCGCCCUGGCACACGGCUAUCCAAAGCCAGAGCUCGCCGUGCUAGCAGCAACCAAGCUAAACGAAGCAGCGAACGAAUGGAACGCCCUCGACCUCGGCAUCCACUUCGCGUGGGUCGAGAAGAUCGACGACGCGGCCUUUGUCCUCAGCUUCGCGGAGCAGCGGAGCGAGGGCGUGCUGGCGGAGGCGUUCUUCCCCAGCGACGUGGACCUGCAGACUCUGAACGUCUACCCGGCGGCGUUCCGGCCGGGGACCGUGCAGUAUCUGAGGAAUAUCUUCUUGCAUGAGCUGGGACAUGUCCUUGGGCUGCGCCAUGAGUUUGCGCCGGAGCGCGAGCGGAGCGCGAAGUCUGUGCAGGUUGGGCCGAGGAAUCCGACGUCCGUCAUGGGGUAUGAGUUUCCUCCACGGCUGCAGGCGUCGGAUAUCGAUAGCACGAAGGCCUUCUAUCAGUUCUCUGGGAAGGAAUUGGGGGUGCGGCAGGGACGGGGGGCACGCGGUGUGCCGUUGCGUAUUGUGGACUUUUCAGUAUAA